UUUAAAUUAUGCUUAACUCUGAGAAAGACCUUUUUUUGUAAAAAAAAAAAAAAUGCUCCUCUUCGCUCAGGUGAGCCAAUAAACCCCAAUGCUGUCAGCGUGUAACUUCAGCCAGAUGGCGUCAAUGCUGUCUACAUGGUUAAAAUUGAGCCGCAAGUAGCAGCCGGUGAUCUGGCUUUGCCUCUUCACACGACACCUCUGUGCGAGAAGUCCGGCCGUGAAAGGCGAAAUCAUGUCUUGCAAAGCCGCAACCAAGGACAAGAAGUCGAGCUUCAGCAAGAAGCUGUUCAGGCGAGGCUCUGUGCGCUCUGUGGGCAGUUUUAUGAGCAGAGUCCUGAGAACCCUCACAGCCUUGUCCCACUUUGGAUCUGAGGUGCCAACUGAGGAGGACAAAGAUGACGGGGGCUUCUCCACUUUCAAAUCUGGCAGCAAAGACGUGCGCAUGGAUGAUGGGGACCUGGGGGGUUUCCUGUCUCGAGAGAAGAUCCCUGGAGUGUCAGGUCUGAAAAACCACGGCAAUACCUGCUUCAUGAACGCAAUUCUGCAGUGCCUCAGUAACACUGAACUCUUUGCUGAGUACCUCGUCUUGGAGCACUACAAAGACGAGGAGCUGGACGAGGACAGGCCAAAGACAAACGGUCUACUCCUGCAGAAGAAGGGCCCUCUUAGCAAAGGAGAGGUUACAGAGCAAUUGUCAGGACUUGUGCGGGCUUUGUGGACCUUUGAGUACACCCCCCAGCAUAGCAGAGAUUUCAAGAAUGCCGUGUCGAAAAAUGCCACCCAGUUUAAAGGGCACGCUCAGCAUGACGCUCAAGAGUUUCUGCUGUGGCUGCUGGACAGAGUGCACGAAGACCUCAACACAGUCAACCCAAGUAGCAGGCCUGCUAUAAAGCCACCUAUUGAAGAGGAUGACCAAAGCUUAGAGGGCCCUUCCCCUCCCCUCUCUGCUGGGUCAUUUGUACAGGAACUUUUUCAGGCGCAGUACAGAUCCUCUCUCACGUGUCCACAUUGCCAAAAGCAGAGCAAUACGUUCGAUCCAUUCCUCUGCAUCUCCUUACCCAUCCCACUGCCACACACACGGCCCCUGUAUGUGACGAUGGUGUACCAGGGGAAGUACUCACACUGUAUGAGGAUCGGGGUUGCUGUUCCCCUCAACAGCACCGUCUAUCGCCUCAGAGAUGUGGUGUCACGUGAGACAAAGAUCCCUAUGGACCAGUUUGUUUUGACGGAAAUGUACUAUGAUGGAUUUCAUCGAUCAUUUUGCGAUGACGACGACGAUCUCGACAUUAUUCAAGAGAGCGAUUCCAUAUUUGCCUUUGAGACACCGGAGACCUUCAAACUGGAAAACAUACGCACAAAGAGAGGAAGUCUUCUGGCAAACUUAAAUCACAACAACUUGAAGUACGGGACAGAAAUCAGCAGGACUCCGUCUUUCAUGCAGGGGGCCAUGACUCCUUUAACCGCAUCCCCAAAUAAAAACCUGGGACCAGAAAAAAUCAUUCUUCUGGUGUGCAACAGAGCUUGUUCUGGCCACCAAGGGAAGAGGUUUGGGCUACCUUUUGUACUGUACAUGGAGCGCACUGUGACCUGGGAUGCUCUGCAGAAAGAGAUCCUGGAGAAAAUGCGUCAUCUGCUCAGGCCUGGCGUCUACAUUCAGGUUGGACCUUUCAGUCUUCGAGUCGUAGGCGUUGUUGGUAUCACCUACCUCCUUCCUCAAGACGAGCGCCCACUGUGUCAUCCCACUGUUGAUAGAGCAUACAAGUCCUGUGGACAGGGAGGACCCCCACAUGUGAAGAUCGUGGUGGAGUGGGACAAAGAGACCAAGGACUAUCUGUUUGGACACACUGAGGAGGAGUACAUUCCUGAUGCUGAGAGUGUGUAUCUGCACAGGGAGCAACAUCAUCAGCCACAGGCCUGCACCCUCUCUCAGUGCUUCCACCUCUACACUAAAGAGGAGCAGCUGGCCCCAGACGAUGCCUGGCGCUGUCCCCACUGCAAGCAGCUGCAGCAAGGCCGCAUCAAGCUCAGCCUGUGGACGCUUCCGGAUGUGCUCAUCCUGCAUCUCAAGAGGUUCAGACAGGAGGGAGACCGCAGGGUGAAGAUGCAGAACAUGGUGAGGUUCCCGCUGAUGGGCAUGGACAUGGCACCUCAUGUGGUGAAGAGAAGCCAAAGCAGCUGGAGUUUACCCUCCCAUUGGUCGCCAUGGAGACGGCCAUAUGGCCUGGGAAGAAACCCAGACGACUACCUGUAUGACCUGUAUGCUGUGUGCAACCACCAUGGGAACAUGCACGGAGGCCAUUACACAGCCUACUGUAAGAACUCCAUUGAUGGUCAGUGGUACUGCUUUGAUGACAGUGAGGUUUCACCAGUAGCUGAUGAUGACGUGUGCCAGCAGACGGCCUACAUACUGUUCUACCAGAGGAGGACGGCUAUCCCCUCCUGGUCAGCCAACAGCUCUGUUGCUGGUUCCACCAGUUCCUCCCUGUGUGACCACUGGAUCAACAGGUUACCCGGCAGUAGGCCUGCUAGCUUGGCCUCUGGAGCCUCAUCCAGACGUACCUCUCUGGCAUCAUUGGCAGAGUCUGUAGAGUUUCCAGGAGAACGCAGUGAAGAUGACGGAGGAUUUUCUGUCCGGCCUUUUGUGAGGAGCAUUCAGCGUCAAAGCUCGUCCUCCAGGUCGUCCAUCGCUAGUCCUUUAGCCCUCAGCGACAGCGGGAUGAAACCUUCGUGGUCUCUCUCUGCUAAGCUGCAGAUGAGAUCCAACUCUCCCUCACGUUUCUCCCUCGACUCCCGAUGUUCUCCUCCUCUGGAGAAGAUCGGGGAAGCCUGUGAUGACAAAGUUUCCACGUCCUGCUUUGGCAGCUACAGCAGACACGAGCGCUACUUUGGCAGCAGGACUCCCACGUCCAUGAUGGAAAGCAACUUCAGUGAGCCGGAAAACAGUAAAAGGUUCCUUGACAUGAUGUACUGCAGGGCUCCCACUCCAGUGGACAAGAGGAGCUCCAAAAAUGAGCAUACUGAAAACAACAACCAGAUCACAGCUAUAGACCAAAACAUUCUACCGACCCAAGGUACUCCCUCCAAAGAACAAAAACGCAAGAGCAGCAUCGGAGGAUUCGGCUCAAAAGCAGAAAGCUCGGCGAAGAGUUCCAGCAAAGAGGAGCAGGAAAAAAGCUCCAAAAAACGCCUGUGCUCAACCCAUAAGACCUCCAGUCCUGAGACAUCUUCCGGUACGCCUGUGAAAGGUAAAAAGAUGAGCAAUACUAAAGAAAAGAGUGUAAAUGCCAAGAAUAGCCCAUCUACCCCCAGUGGAACCCCCUCCAAACGAAAGGAGGCAGCUAAACCUCAGGAGGCAACGCCACAAUACAAGCAAUGUGUCCGCUCCACCCCUCAGUCCUCAGCAUCUCCCUCGCCAACUGCAAAGAAAGCCCCCAGCGUCGCCGAGAAAACUACCGCGAGUAGUCGGAAAAAGAUGGUCGAAAGGAGUUACAGCAGAGAUUCUAUGCACACGAGCCCCCUGGUGGACAACCUCAGGAGCUCGGUCGGUCGCUCUUCGCUGUCCAAGAGCGGAGAAAGCAACCGCACUGACAGGAGAUUUGUGAGGAGCUCCAGCAGCAGCUCUUCUGUCACCAGCCUGCGCUCCCCCAGCGUCUCCACCAGGGACCUGCAGCGCAGCAGCAAAACCGAGGAAAAAGGGUUGUCCUUCUUCAAGAACGCCCUCCGACAAAGGGAAAGCCGCCGGUCGGCUGACUUAGGGAAGAGCUCCCUGCUCGCCAAGAAGACCUCAGAAAGGACAAGUAAGCAAAACGGGCAAGCCAAGGACGCGGGCGGUGAUAACGGAAAGACGGGAGAUGCUGCGUCUUCCAAGACCCCUGCAGAGACUCAAGGGGGUGAUACAAAAUCAGCCAAGAAGGAGUCUUCCAAGACCCCCAGCUCUCUCAGCCGCACGCUGUUAAACGUUGGCAAAUCCAAGUCUUCCAUUUCUGAAGUAAGUCUCAAGUCUCCCACUAAUGGGAAGAAGCCUCCCGAAAGGAUGGCGUCUUUCCAGAAGCUGUCAUCGAGCAUGCAAUCUCCUGCACGUACAACACAGAGGCCUCAAUGACGAUUCAUGCAAGUAACAAUGAGUACUGAACAUAAUGCAGCUUUUUUUUUCUUUGUGCCUAUGUUUCAGUGAGCACCAGUGUAUUUGUGAAGAGACAUUUUUUUGAUGAUAUGGUUUUGUUCAAUGGCGUCGAAUGCGUAUGCUUUUGAGCUCUGAAUGUUGGCAGCCAGCUCUGAGUCAUUUUUGUUUAACUGGAAAAAAAAGAGAGGCCUGUACAUCAUCAUCAUAUUAAGGUGCCAAACAGUUGCCUGGUAUUCUGCCAAAACGCGUUUAAAAGCAGUGCAGAUUGUCUCCAAUUACACCUUGGAGCAUUAGGACUGACUUUGAUAAGGAUGACUGCUUGACAUAUUAGAUGUUUUCUAGCAUGGAGGAUUAAUGAUCCAAACACAUUCAGCUGUAUGUCACACCCCCUCCGAUUGUGUGCACUUGAGAACUAUUUGACAGCUGACAAAAUUCACAAUUUGAAUCUUGAAUUCCAAUUAUCUUUCCGUCACACAAAUGCUUUUUAUAUCUUUGCAUCGCUGCAAACAGUGAUUUUAGCUUGCAUGUGAAAUCUCUAAUAUAACGAGCAUCCUAUCCUUUUAAAGACACAAAGGGUGUAAGUACGCUGGCUGCCUGUCACAGCAUUUAAAACUCAACAGCAUCAGAAACAAAACUUUAAAAUCAAAGUCGUUUCUCUGGACAAAUACUGAAACUGAGCGCACACACACACACACCUAGAAGAGUUUCAUUCCCAAACGAUUGUGGCUGAGCGUUAGCAUUCGUUUUCAUCGAUCAACACACAACCCGUCGGUCCGUCCCUUUCUCUUUACUUCUCAUGCGUUUGGUAAGAAAGGGGUAAGGCUGGUUUUAUGUAAAGAUAUUCAUAGGAACAAAGACUACAUUUAGAGAUAAGUAAAUUAACGCGUUGUUUCAUGGUGAUGUAAAACAGAACUACAGAUGUGAUGCUGGACCAAAACAGAAAAAGGUUUUAAGAAUCGGUACACACAUUGUUGUGAAACUUUCCAAUAUUUUCCACUUAUUAUUUUCUUUAAUAAUCAUACUUUUUGGAUAGACGCGUAUUUUAUCACAUGCUUAUUUGGGGUUAACUCCUUUUCUUUCUUUUUUUUGAGGAGGUGGUGAGUUUUGGAAUGAAACCCUUUUCAAAUCAAAGAAUAUAAAUAGAAAUAUAUACGUGUCUGUACAGAUGUUGACAAAGUAUGUCGUAUAUAACUCGUCUUUUCUUUCCAUAAGCAAGAAGAAAAUGAUCUUAAGCGCCUUUCAAUACUUCCAAUACUGUACAUGGAAACAAGUAAUUGCCUUUGGCAACAUUGUAGUCUACUACUGUAUGCAUCACUGAGUAGGAAUGUUGUAUGGUUUGCACUUUGUAUAGAGAAAGUAGUUUUCUUUGACCCAGAACAUUCAUAUUUAUAGAGAUAUAUAGAUACACACUAACUUAACGAUGUCAUGAUCUCAUUGGAAUGUGUUCAUGAUUUAGACAUGUUGUAAAGUGGUGUGAACAGGCCUUAGACUUGAAAUGGUAAAAGGGUACAUUCAUCUCAAUGUUUUUAGGGGUCAUAUAUGUUAAAAAAAACAAAAAGGCUCCUUCACUCCACCUGGUGCUGUAACAGACUGAUGCUCCUCUAGCAACAAUUAUUCAAUGGAAAAAAAACUUCCAAUGCUGAUGUUGAAAACUGUGACCACACACUUCAGUGAAAGUCUGCAGCAUUUCUCCUAACUUGCGGUACCUCGUAGGAGAGUAAUAAUACUUUUCACAUUGUUUUCUUCAUCAGGCUGAAAGUGAAAAUCAAUAAUGAGCCAUUUCAUGAAUCCUAGAACUACCUUGAUACACGUCCUUGAGUUUGUCCUAAUAUGAACGUGCUGGCUGACUUUUCUGCAUGGGUGUAUUUACGGCAGCUGUCAUGACUCUGGCUGGUCUCGUUGGGAACAAUCAUCUUUAUUAACAACUGCAAUAUUCAUGACAUGAGAUACCAGCAUAGAGUCUGUUUUUAUUGAGUGAAUGUGUUAACGCUAAUCUAAUCCGAGCAUUAGUACGUUUUUACUUAACACAUGAACAUUUUCUAUCUCAGCUGUUUCUCUGUAGCAUCUUCCAGGUUUACAUCAGUUCUCAGAUGGUUUCCGAGGAAAUUCCACCCUGAGUAGGGUUUAUUGUUUGUUAUUUUGAUGGCCUGAGCAGGGUUUGAGCAAACAAGGCAGCCUUCAUGUCCAACCACAAGUUUUCAAUCUUCAUCUCAUUUAGUUAAAAAAAAAACUAAAAAGCUUUGAGGGAAACGACUUAUAUCAUGUUUUGGGGUUGAUAGCAUGAUUUAAAAAAAGAAGCUAAAUUGUGACUUCUGUUUCAUUGAUAUUAAAUAUCAAAGCCAAAGAAAAAACAGAACUGAACACAGGGUAAUUAUAGAUUAUGUUUCCUGUGAAACCAGAGCCAGAAAUCUGACAUUUAGAGGAAAUAAAAAAAGUUCUCCAUUAGCUUCUAAAAACAUCGAUAUAGCCAAAGAAUGAACGUAUCUUUGUGACCUUCGAUGACUUUACACAGUGUGCUGCCUGUAACUUCAGACUAGGAAUCAUCUGCUGUGAUAUUUCUGUCUGCACACUUCUCAUGUAGGAGCUCUGUUUUCUCUGCGGGACUUUUUUUUUUUUUUUUUAAACAGCAGACCAAAAAGAGCGGCUACAUUGCUCAAGCCCUCAUUGACCAUUAAAAUAACACGGUGAUGUUUUAAAAGUGGUGGUUUUUCCCCUUUAGCUGCUCUUUUCUACUUUUCAUUGUAAUCUAUCAGGAACCUAUGCAUGGCACUUUGGAUCAAGGCAGGACCAUUUAAAAAAAAAAAUUGGCUUUUAGCAUCUUUUUGUUGUUUUAAGCUAAGCAUUUAGGAUGUGGUGGCUUGUGUACAUUUUUGAACAUCUGCUCCUCCUCUUGCUUCAGAAGAUGUUUCAUGGACUUAUCCAUUCACUAAGGGUAGAGCAGUAGGAUGUUAGGCCCCACACUUUACAGUUUGCAAUGUGAGUCACCAUAUUUUUUUUUUUUUUAGCAAAACUUAACUUUAUAUGAGCAAAUGACCGGAUUCUUUUUCUGAACGCUGCAUAUGCAUUCAUAAGAAUCGUUUCCAUGGCUACCAUAUUGCCUGCAUAACUGUUUUGUAUUCGUUCAGCUCAUUCAUGAUCUGAAGUCUGCAGCACAGAUGGUGUAAAAAGUUCAAUGUAUAUGAUUUGAAUGUCUACAGUUUCACUUCGGUCCUGUUUUAAGUAACAGGAACCUCCGGGUGAUUACACACAAAACAUCACACUUUAAGACACACAUGGGCGACAUAGUAGUGGUAGAGCUAUAAUCCUGUUUUAUAAUGUUCAGCAAUUAGACUUUAGGAGCAAUAGCUUCUAAAUACAAAAAAAAAAAACAGAACAUGGCUGACUCAUUGAAUUGCAGACAACUACCGUACUCAUUAUGACCCGUGUGUCCGCAACUGUUGAAACACGAUGUCAGAAUCAGCGCAUACUGUUUAAGAGAAAGAAUCACCAUCUUCACAGACUAGAUUUAGCACCCUAGCUUUCUUCACUGCACUUACAGUCUGUUAUUUUUUAUUUGUCGUCAGAGGACAGAAUUAAGAAUGAUUAUGGGAUGCAGUAUUGCAUGAAAACGCUAAUGCAUGUACUUCAUUAACUAUGCAAGCCUGUGCCGCUGUAAAGUAGAAAAAAAAAAAGCUGAGCGCGGCUGGUGUAUUCAAUCGCUUAAUUUGCACACCAUUCAUCUAUUUAGACCCUUUAGUACAGAAUACUCUAUCUGUACAGUAAAAGCAUUACACUUAUAAAGAAUGCCUAUAUAAAGAUCGCUUUAAUGCCACGACUGCUUUGAGCAUUAAACCAUUUUUUUUUAAUGUUUUAAUUUAGUUUCGUCUUAUUUUAUGAUUGAAUUCUGCUGAUCUGUGCUCUCUGGGUGCUCCUACCACAACCUGCUGGGUUACUGUUUUUCUUUUUUUCAGGAUCAGAUGUUUAAUACUUACAGUUGUACACCAGCAGUCAACACUAUACAUGUCAUUCAUCUCUCUGUGGUUCCUGAAUAGCCUCAUGUAUGUUGUAAAAGAAAGCCUUUCAUUGAUUCACUCUUGUGAUACGUUUGUGACGCCCUGUUGAAAUGUUCUCUGCUGCGUCAAAGAUGUGGCCAGUUACUUAUAUAAAGGUAAUGCAAAUAAUUCAAAUAUAUAUAUAUAGAUAUACAAUACAGCUAAAUGCAAUAAAGAGAGCUAGUACAUUUGUAGUUUUAUAUGACAGUAAGUGAUGAAAAAUGGCAUUAAAAUGUAAAUGUUCAGUUGUUUUUUAGUAUUUAUGUCACAUCAUUCAUUUUAACCCUGAUGUGAAUUUUAUUCUUUUAUAUUCCCAGCAGUCUGUUUAUCAGCAAACGAAAGGCAACUUCCUUACAUGCUGUAAAAGCUGCAGCGCUCCAUGUUUCUGAUAACCACAUCAAUCAGUGCACUCGUUAAAAUGCGUACAGGUCUCCCUGCAGAAGUUAAUUAAGAUUACAGAGUUCCUGUUGUUGUUGUUGUUGCUGUCGUCGUCGUGACACAGCUGUUUUUGUUUUGUCGCUAACAAAGUCAAAGAAAGUUCCACGCUCUAAAGAGGAAACCAUAAAUGAAUAUAAUGAUCUGCAACGUUUCUGCUCAGGCAUUUUACCACCGAGUCAAGGAAACUCGGACUACAACAUCCUACUGGUUAACAGUAGCUGUUAAAAAGUGUCUUCAUUUGUCAUUUGGUUUUGGACUUUGGUAACACUUUCAAUUAAGGUCACAAUAUUCCCCAUUAUCUACAGUAGUUGCUUGUUAGCCUGCUAACUGUUAGCAUACUGACUGCCUAUUAGUCAUUAUUAAGCACUUAUUUCUACAUUAUUCUUUAUAAGCAGUGCUUCUCAACUGGUCUAGCCUCGGGACCAACUACCAACUCCCUUUUGAAAAUUGCCACCCAAAUUUUGGAUACUUCUCAACCAACCAGAUUGAGUUAAUAACAAUUUGUACAGUUUGGACCUCAGACGGUCAUUAACUAGGAGUUUCCUCUUAUUACUACUCAUUGAUAGUAAGUUAGGAAGUCGUUGAACAUGAUUCUAAUAUUCUUACUUUUACCUUAUAAAGGCUGUACUAAGCAAAGCAUAUUAAGAUGAUAAUGUAUGGUCAACAACUUCAUAACUUACUCUCUAAAGGCAGUUAUUAGGAAGGCAAACUCUUAGUUAAUGACCUAGUACUUAUGGUCAUAUAGAAUAAGGUAUAAAUAAGCACUUAAUAAUGACUAAUAAGCAACACCUGUAGUUAAUGGUGAGUAUUGUGACCUGAAUUUAAAGAGUUACCCUGACUUUGUUUCAGGGUUAGAUAUGUAAGACUUUUAGUGGUAUUUUUUUAACACUACAAACAGAUGAUGCGGAGACGUUUCCGAAGCCUUAAGCCAGGAGAAUUGUAAUGAAAGUGUCGAUAUUUUUUUUUUUUUUAAUGAUACUAAGGAGCUGUGUAAUGAACGAAUGCCAUGACUCUCAUUUACAGCUCCUAAAGCAAACAAUGAACACUACAGUGCUAAAUGAUUAGCAUGCCUCCCCUUUGAACUUUUUGUCUUUGACUUUUUUUUUUUUUUUUUUUUUUUUUUUUAACCAUCAUUUGUAAAGUCUUUUGUAAAGUCCUGUUUGUUGCAUUCAUUAAGAGUUUUACUGUAUUCAUGUUUGUGAGCUUCACGGGGUUGUUUUGUACAUCUGCAAAGUCUGGAUGGGCCCUAAUGUUUCUAUUUUGAUUUCUUAUUAUAUUUUUUACAUGUAAGCCUUUAUUCCAGUGCUCGCCUCUUUUGACUUCUAAGAGUUUAAGACUCUGUCUGAGUCUUGUAUGUUAAUUUAUUUCUUUUUUUAUCAUCAUUUAUGCACUUUUUUUAAUGUUUCUUUGGAUUUCUCUAAAAGGACAAAUGUGUACAUACUUCGUUGUUUUACCCAUGCAAGUACAAUUAAAAAAAAUCUGAUUAAAAAAAAUAUUGAAACAGUUAA